AUGAGUUCAUUUUUUCACGGCUACCUUUCUGAUUCUGAUGAUGGUUGUAAUACUGUGAAAACUCCAAUAGUAAACAAGGGUGGAGCCAAUGAGAUUGAUUCGGAUUUUGGUGAAAAUUUACAUAAACUUCAGAGUGAAAAGAGUGAUCAUGCAAUUGCUUGCUUCGAAAAUAAUAAUGAAACAAAAGAAGUUGAUCAUAUUAUUUCCAAAACCCAUACAGAGCUUGGUUUGAACAAUCAAGCCUCGCACAAAAUUGGAGUGAGAAAAAAAAACAAAAAAAAAAAAAACAAAUAUUUGAAUGAGUUUCUCGAAAUUUCGUCUCUCGAAAGUGUUAAAACACUAAAUGCAGAUAGCAUCAGAAGAACAACUCAGGAAGUUAAGCUCUUAGAUCCUGCACCAAGAAUAGGAAAAUUGAGCGGAGAUAGAGAGCUUAAACAGUCAGUUAACCAAAAGAGGAAACACCAGAUAACAUGGCUAUUGAAUGAAGCGAGACAAAUUAAAUCAGAAUUCAAUUCAAUGAGUUAA